ACCACCUCUCUCUCCUCGUCCACCUUUCAGCAUCCUCUCAGCUUUUUUUCUUCAACACACAACAUGGCUUCGUGGCUACAGAUCCCCAAGAACUCGCCCUUUUCGUUGGCAAACAUUCCCUUCGGAAUCAUCUCCACAGCCAAAGCUGCCUCGCGGGUCCCUGCCAUUGCCAUCGGCGACUACGCCUUGAACCUCAAUGCCUUCGCCUCGUCGGGCGGCUUCGCCCAGCUGCCCUCUUUCGAACCUCAUCUCAAUGUUUUCGACCAACCCACGCUGAACGCAUUCGCAGCAUUGGGACGGCCAGUGCACCGCCAGGUCCGCGAGUACAUCCAGUCGAUCUUCCGCGCCGACACGCCCUUCCCCCAGAUCCUCAAAGACAACACGUCGCUCCAGCAGGAAGCCCUCCUGCCCCUGUCGGAGGUGACCAACCACCUGCCCAUGCAGAUCGGCGAUUACACGGACUUCUACGCGGGUCUGAACCACGCCUACACGCUGGGAGUGCUCCUGCGGGGUCCCGACAACGCGCUGCAGCCCAACUACAAGCACCUGCCCGUGGCGUACCACGGCCGCGCCUCCUCCAUCGUGCCCUCGGGAACGCCGAUCCACCGCCCCAACGGCCAGAUCCUGGCCAACCCCACCGCGGUGCCCAAGGUGCCGACGUUCACCACCUGCAAGCGGCUGGACAUUGAGCUCGAGCUGGCCGCGUUCGUCAGCCAGCCCAACGAGCUGGGCCAGCCGGUCUCCGUGCAGGAGGCCGAGGACCACAUCUUCGGGGUGGUGCUGAUGAACGACUGGUCGGCGCGGGACAUCCAGGCGUGGGAGUACGUGCCGCUGGGGCCAUUCAACGCCAAGAACUGGGCGACGACCAUCUCGCCGUGGGUGGUGCUGCUGGACGCGCUGGAGCCCUUCCGCACCGCCAGCCUGGAGCCCGAGAACAACCAGAACGUGCUGCCGUACCUGCGCGAGAAGCGGCACGACAACGUCUUCGACAUCCCGCUGGAGUUCGAGAUCACCAACGAGGGCGGCCAGCCCACGACCAUCUCGCGCAGCAACGCCAAGAACCUCAUCUUCUCGUUCCCGCAGAUGCUGGCGCACCACACAAUCACGGGCUGCAAUCUGCGGACGGGCGAUCUGCUGGGCAGCGGCACCAUCUCCGGCCCGGAGCCCGGCAUGGAGGGCAGUCUGAUCGAGCAGACGAAGGGGAAGAACCCGAUCCAGCUGGCGGACGGCUCGAACCGGAUCUUCUUGGAGGAUGGCGACACGGUGGUUCUGCGCGGGAAGGCCGGCACGGAGGGCAACUAUGUGGGAUUUGGUGACUGUAUCGGAAAGAUCCUUGCAGCGCCUCAGCUGAACUUCGACUAGCCUAGCCUAUUCACCCAAAUACCCCAGCAUCCUAGGUAGCUUAGUUCGAGUACCGUACAAAUAAAA